AUGGCUUUGUACGACGAUCUUGACACAAAACACGGUCCCGACAAGGUGGCCGGGUGGUCAUCAGGAUUGAAACUGUUCCAGCCACAGCUACAGGUUAAAAAAGUGAAUCAACCGGCCAUCACGCCUAAAGCAAUCCUGCGGAAACCGGGCAGCAAGAUUCUCACACCCGUCGUUCUCAAGGCGAGGAAAGAAGUCCUCUCAGAACAGCCGCUACCUUUCGUAGCGGGCAGCUCGGGUAUCAUUGGCGGCGGCAUUCCGGGAUCGGCCGUCAAUGAGGCUGUUGCCAUUGUAAAACCCACUAAAGCACCCAUUACGGUAAACACGAUAAACCCAACGCCGAAUACAGUCAGUGCGACGGUGACCGAUGACUACAAUUGGGACGUGAUCGAUGAGUACGAUCCGAUAUGGCCAAACGAGUACGAUAAGCUGGUGAAGGACAGAAAAACCAAGGAACCCCCAAUCAAACCUCUGCAGAGUGGGUUCAGCAGAAACAGGCGCGAAUACAAGCGGUCCUUUGGAAUGCGUUCGAAUAAUAAUAAUAACAAUAACAGCAGUGCUGCCAGUAGUCACCAUAGUAACCAGCCUGAUGAGGAAGGUCCGAGUGCGAAGAAAUUCAGUGGAUUCGCUGGACGACCAUCGUCAGAUGAUGAGGAAGAAUUCCGACCGGGCCAAAGUCGGCCAUCGGGAGCAGCCAUUGCUCCACCACCGUCAUUACAAGAACCGAGCGCCAGUGUAACAUUGCCAAUGGAGGGUGGAUCCAAAGUAUCACAGCUUGCGGCAUACGGUGGCAGUUCCGUUGCGGCAAAGAUAAUGGCAAAGUAUGGCUUCAAAGAUGGACAAGGGUUGGGUAAGCAGGAGCAAGGCAUGGCAGUGGCGCUCCAAGUGGAGAAAACUUCCAAACGUGGCGGAAGGAUUGUCCAUGAAAAGGACAUUCCCGCGACUAGCACAGGAACUGGUGGCGGCGGAGGUUCAGGAACAGAAGCAACGAUGUCGCCACCGAGUGCUUCCCAAUCGACGCAAGAACCGUCGAUUACCGAAAUCAUGAAAUCCCCCAGCAAAGUGGUCCUCCUGAGGAACAUGGUCGGUCCAGGUGAUGUUGACGACGAGCUGGAACCGGAAGUGAAGGAUGAAUGCAACACCAAAUACGGCGAUGUAGUCACGGUUGUGAUCCAUGAGGUUCCGGAUGUCGUACCCGAAGAGGCAGUGCGCAUUUUCGUCGAAUUCAAGCGGAUGGAAAGCGCCAUAAAGGCGGUUGUCGAUCUUAAUGGGCGCUUUUUCGGGGGCCGGCAAGUGCGGGCAGGAUUUUAUAAUCAGGAAAAGUUCGAAAGCAUGGACCUUGGCGGGUGAAACGGAUUGUGCAUCUAAAUCGCAUAAGUAAAUGUACGUGUGUGUAUGCUUUCUUUUCAAAUAUCCAGUACACAAUUCUAGCCUUCAAUUCAAAAUAACUCUGUUCUAUUAAACCGAUAUUUGGUUUUUCUUUUAAUUUCGCAUAGUACAAACAGAAACAAAAGCGACGUUAACGGGGGUUCAAACGUGAAACUCUCUAUUAACGAUCAUCUGCUUGACGAACAGCAAGCACCAAGCAUAUGAGAUUCUAUCGUGUGAUAAUCAGAAGAAUGAUGCGCGAUUUGUUUCUUUGGCUUACGAUAGGAGCACGAAUUUGAGCUGAGUAAAUCUGUAGAUUGAGGUAAAUUGGUUCUAUAGGACGUUUCGAAAGAAUGGAUAUAUGAAGAAGUAAUAUAGCAUAA